AUGAUCGAGCCAUACCAGGCUAUUUUUUCAGUGCCUCUAUCUUGCGAAGCUUGUAUUGAGGAUGUAUCGAAAUCCCUCUAUGCUCUUGAUGGCAUCAAGAGUGUCCAGGGCAAUUUGAAGGACCAGAUCUUGCUCGUCGAAGGAACCGCUGCACCGUCUGCUAUAGUUUCUGCAAUCCAAAACACCGGCAGAGAUGCCAUCCUCAGAGGAUGUGGGGCUUCAAACAAUGCCUCAGUAUGUAUUUUAGAAACACAUGCGAGUACCGUAAAGACCUCAAUCCGUGGACUCGCCCGCAUGGUCCAGGUCGCCCCCAAACUGACGCUUGUUGACCUAACUAUUAAUGGGCUUGAUCCGGGGAAUUACUGGGCUACGGUUCGAGAGAAGGGAGAUAUUUCUCAAGGGGCAGCAUCGACUGGGAACAUUUGGGAAUCUCUGAAACAAAACCUUGAAGGAUCAGAAUCGUCAAGGGGAGUAUUUGGCCAGGUAGAAGUUGAUAGCAAUGGAAAAGGGAACGUUUUCCUCGACCGUCCUGUUGCGGUAUGGGAGUUGAUUGGGAGGAGCAUGGUGGUGUCAGCGUCCAAAGAGGGGCCGUUCCGGAAGGAAGAUCCGAACACGCUGGUGGGAGUUAUUGCCCGCAGUGCUGGGAUCUGGGACAACGAUAAGAUGUUUACAAGAGACAUGAGAGUUGCAAAAUGGAAGUCGUCAAGCCACACUCGGGUGGGUGGCCUUAUUACAACCUCUGACCAGGAGUUGGAUUUCAUGCGACUCCGGCUGCAGUUGUUGAACCCUGGCACACGGGUCAAACCCGGACUGCCGGAAGUCCAGCCAUCCAUCAUGAAUCGGUGUCGACGGCUGUUACAGAGUCUCGUGUGGACGGCAACUCUUAAGAUUAAAGUGUAG